AUGGCUGGCGGGAUCCACACGGUGAUCUUUCUGUCAUUUGCGCUUGCGCUCGGCUUCUUGCUGGUGAUUUUAUCGUGUGCGCUAUGGUCAAACUGGAUGCCGUUCUGGUCGACCGUCGCCUUCGUGCUGGCCCCUGCGCCGAACGCGCUCUUUGGCGGCCUCGCGGGCGCGGAUUCCUUCUCCGACUUUAACAAUGCCUACAUCGACUUUGGAAACUUUCUCACAGGCAUGCUGCUCAUGACCGGCGUCGCACUGCCGAUCAUGCUCGCACACACCGAUAUUAUCGCGCCGGCCGCGGCAGGCCUCUCGCUCGCGGGCGGCACGCUUGUGUACGGCACCAUGGUCGUGUACGCGGCCUUUUUCCAUACCCCCGAUGAUAUCUAG